AUGUUCAUUUUAUGGGUAUUUCAUUUUGCACUUUUGGUUUUAGGCAGCUUUAUCUUUAAAAAGAUUGACAUAGCUGAUGCAAGAGGAAAAGGAUAUUAUAUUAUUUUGCAAUCGUUUGCAGCCAACUCAAUUUUAAUUUUAUUAGGGAAAUACUUAGAUGACAAUGCUGAUUUCUUAUUUGAGUUUUUCAGAAAAUUUUAUGCUCAUUCAUAUGAAUUGUUUAGUUCUAACAUGAACAAUGCUUUGAUAUGAAAUGAAAUAUGAUUUUAUGUUUCAGGAACUCUUUGCUUUAUUAUGAGUGAAAAGCAAUUGAAAUUGCAGUAUAGCUGAAUUCCACAAAUGAUUGGGAUAUCAAAUGCUCUUAGUUUCUUUUUUAUUGAGAGUAGCUGGUAUUUAUUAUUAUAUGCAGUUGCAUUAGGGGUUUUUAUAAUAAAUAAUUGAAGAUAUGAGUAUGAUUUUGUGGAUAUUUGUUUCUUUGACUAUUUAUUAGUCUUCUACACAAUUUUGAUACUUAUUGGAAGCUUUAUUACAUUAAAGUUUGCCUUAAUAGAGUAUAUACAUAUAGAAAUUUUAACAGAAAUUAUGAAAGUCUUUAAUAUAAUAGCUCAAAUAUAUUGGAUAAAUUUGAUAGGAUUUUAUUUAUGAAAGAUUUUGUGUGUUUUAAUGGAAUAUGAGAUGUAUCUAGGGAUAGUUCUUAUAUUUUGACUCCACACGAUAUUCGGCAUCAUAACAUUUAUCGAUGUGUUGGAUCGAAAAGCUUUAUCAUUCAGAGAAAGAAACAAUAAAAGUGAGUUAAAGAGAAAUAAAGAUAUUUUCAAAAUAAUCUGGAUUUAUUUUAUAAUCUUUAUUUUUCUUGCCACUAUUCCUACUUCGAAGGCCAUAACUAUAUUCAUUAUAGGGUCUACAAAUUUCAUAUUAGACGAUUUAUUUUAUGUUUCAUGAGUUUGGCAAAUAGGUUUUUUCUUGGAAUUUCCAGAUGCUUAUGUGGACCAGUCUCCAGAAUGUUUUUUUAAAAAUAUUUAUGGAAUAAUGGUCUAUGGGUUUUUAGGGAUGAAAGUAUUAGGCAUGUUUUUCGAUUAG